AAUAAUAUAAUAACCUAAUUACAAGUGAAACUGAAUGCUCAUAGUGAACAAAGCAUCAAAUUUAGCGUGGUUUGAACUCUAGAGAAGUUGUGGGAAGGAUGGCAGAAUCCGAGAAGUCGAAAGACCUCCAAGAAACACUCCAGCCCUUCUACGAUAGAGCCUCUCAAGCCGAGGAACGCUUAUCCAGGCUCCAAGCUUCCCUUGCAAAUAAGAAAGAUGGAAGAAAUGAGGAACUCUUAAAAACUAUAAGUGAGCUUCAGUCAAAGCUAGAAGAUGCAAAUGCAGAGGUUGUUUCAGAAAGGAAAAAGGCCGAGAAGCUUGCCGUAGAAAAUGAAAAACUCAAUUUUCGUGUAAAACAUCUCAUCCGAGCACUGGAGGCGGCUGAUCUCAACUCCAAGAUAAUGUGAGGUCUUCCUCAUGCCGGUGCUUGAACCUGAUGCAUGGAAUUCUUUGGUUUAUGCAGGCCCCGAUUCAGAAGCAACUGUAUUGGCCAUCUCAAAGUUGAAGAAGACAAAUUGUGAACUAAGAUGACGACUUACAUUAGUUGACGGAUGGAAGAUAUAUAGGCUACUCUAUUCUUGGAGAAUGGUAAUCCUCAUGUUCAUACUAAUUACCCUUUGUUCAGGGAGCUUUUAAAAACAUGUCCCUUUAAAUUAGACAUGGCAAAAUCAUGAAUAUGAACCUCCUUUGCUGAGGGGAAGGAUUGUACAUCAUUUGGACUUUGAUUCUAUGGCCAAUAAGUUUAAUGGUUGUAUUUUGUUAACUAAAGAAGCCGGAAUGAGUUUUUGUGAUGCACCCAACCUCAUGUAUGAAUGUCUCAUUUUAGUGAAGCUUAAUUUUAAC